CCUUCUUAUAGGCUAUUUAUAAUCAUGGUGCUCGGAACUUGGUUUUCAAAGAGAGAGAGAGAGAGAGAGAGAGAGAGAUGGGCAAGAUGAUAGAAGGAAUCCUUCACAUGGUCGGAGGAGCUGGGGAUACCAGCUACGCAUCCAAUUCAAAGUUUCCGGAGAAGGUACUUCACAUGGCGAAGCCAAUACUGGAGGAGGCAAUAGGAAGGGUUUACACGUCGCUGCUCCCCGAGAGGAUGGCGGUGGUCGACUUAGGUUGUUCCUCGGGCCCUACCACUUUGGAGGUGGUCUCCGAGGUGCUCGACGUGAUUGGCAAGCUACGGCGGAGCCUGGGACGCCAGGAGAUGCCGGAGAUCCUGUUCUUCUUGAAUGACCUCCCGGGGAAUGACUUCAAUCACGUCUUCCGGUCUCUGGGAGAUUACAAGAGGAAGGUCGAGGAGGAGAAGGGGAAUCUGCUGGUGCCAUACUACGUCGUGGGAGUUCCAGGCUCCUUCUACGGCAGGCUUUUCCCUAGUCAAAGUGUCCACUUCUUCAACGCUUCCAGCUGUCUCAACUGGCUCUCUCAGGAGAAAGCGAUUUAUCGAACAAAGCCCAUAUUGGAGACCGCCAUAGCAGAGAUGUACAGGAGGACGCCGCUCCCCGAGAGGAUGGUCGUCGUCGACCUCGGUUGUUCGUCGGGUCCGAACACCUUUCUUGUGGUCUCUGAGGUGCUUGGCAUCGUCGGUGACCUAUGUCGAAGGCUGGAGCAGAAGCCACCGGAGAUCCAGUUCUUCUUGAACGACCUCCCGGGAAAUGACUUCAAUAAUGUCUUCCGGUCUUUGGAAAGAUAUGAGAAGAAGAUGGAGGAGGAGAAGGGGGACCUGCUCGUGCCUCAUUACGUUGUGGGCGUUCCCGGUUCCUUCUACGGGAGGCUUUUCCCGUGUAACACUGUGCACUUCUUCCACUCUAACUUCUCUCUCAUGUGGCUCUCUCAGGUUCCACAAGGUCUCGAGAGUGAGCAGGGUGUUCCGGUGAACAAGGGCAACAUCUAUAUUGCGGAGAACAGUCCACCCCAAGUCGUGAAAGCAUACCAAGAACAACACCGGAGAGACUUCUCCACGUUCCUCAAAUCUCGUUACGUAGAACUAAGCAUCGGAGGGGGAAUGGUAUUAACAUUCCUAGGAAGAAGAAACAAACACCCAGCCAACGACGAGCUAAGCUAUCUUUGUGGAUUACUAGCAGAGGCCCUUAACACAAUGGUCUCACAGGGAAUCAUAUCAGAAGACAAAGUGGACACCUUCAAUUUGCCAAUUUAUGGAGCUUCGAUGCAGGAAGCGAAGUCAGUGAUAGAGGAAGAAGGUUCAUUUGAUGUGGAGAAAGCGGAGAGUUUCGAGUCCAGUUGGGAUCCGUUUGAUGACUCCGACAAUGUACUCGAUGGGAAGAAUGUGGCAAGCACUUUACAGGCAGUGAUGGAGCCCUUGAUUUCACAUCAUUUUGGGGAUGACACGCCCCAUGCAUUAUUCUCACUGGUUGCCGAUAAUAUUACUGCAAGGCACCUCCUAAAAGACAAAUGCUACUACACCGUGUUAGUCUUUGCCUUGAGGAGGAAAGCUUGAAGGCCUGCAUGCAUUACAAUGAUAAUUCGCUGUCUAGAUAUAAGAACACGAUAUGUUGAUACUUAUUUGUAUGUCUCCUCCUCAAUCAAAAGAUAUCUGACUCGAUUUAGAUGGGUCGAAUAGAA